AAAAAAAAAGGGAAAAAAAAAGAACCAAGCUAAGCACUGUUAGCCAAUUUUCUUUUUUUUUUUUUUACCUUUUUUUUUUCUUUUCUUUUUUCUUUUUUCCUCCUCAAUGGCUUCUCAAUCUCUCAACACAUUUAGCCCUCUAACAAGUCAUCAUCUAAGGAGGAAGAUUCUGCCAUUCUUUGCGAAUUCCCCUGCGGUCGGCGACCGCCGAAUUGAACCGAAAAAAUGCCGAUUUUCGCGUCGCUGCGCCGUCAUCUCUUCGGCAGUGCAAGAGUCUUCUACUGCAAUUGUGACUGAUAAGGAGGGAGGAGAGGCGGAGGCGGAGGCGGAGUCGAAGGCGGCGACUCCGGCGGCGAAAGCGGUGCCGGGGAAGGCGAAAAAGGCUCCUGCAAAAGCACUUCCUGAGCUUAUGGAAGAGGAAGUGAUUCCUGCAUUAAGAUCCACUCUUGAAGCCCAAGAGGAUGUGUCACAAGUUGAGCUCUCAUUUCAGGAUAACAGGUUGGAGGGCUCUUUCUUAAAGAACAACAUCCCAUACUGCUUCUGGGCCUUCUUUCCUAAUGGAGUCCUCACAGGUCCAAAGGGCUUCUCAUUAAGCUCAUAUGGCUCAGUGCCAAGCACUGUUGAGCCCUUCCUCAUUGAUGAGAAAAGGAUCACAGCAAGGCAUGUUGUUUUCUGGGUGGAGAAGAGAUUGGCUGCUCAGGGCAUCCUCCCUGUUUGGAAAGGAGAGGAGAGUGAGGAGAAAUAAUUCAUACCCUCACUAUGUAUUCCUAAAAGCGUUGAAUGCAGCAGAACCAUUUAAACUUCCGCGCGUUUACGAAUAGCCAUAUAAACAUUAGAAGUUUUACGUUUGCAACUAUAUAUACUUUCGAUCUUCUGUAGUUAACUAUCUUAGAUAAGUAUUCUAUUAGUUUUGAGGUUACUGACAAUUAACCAAAUGGUCAGGAAAUCGUUAAAGACUCGCCCAAGCAAUGUAAAAUGAGAUCUUUUUGCCGUCAAAAUUUGAUCUUGCAGUAAAACAUUUAUUUUUUAACAUUUGAUUAUUAGAAAUAAAAUAUAAAAAUUAUAGUCAAUUUCACUCAUAAAAGUAGUUUUUGGCAUCCAGAAGUUUCUUUGACCAUUUGGCUAAUAAUAGUAACUUCAAAAUUGAUGAAUACAAAAAUAGAUGGUUAUUUGUAAAAAUUUGAAAGUUCAGAUGGCAAAUGUAAAAUUUUAGAGUUCAUAUGCCUAUCACCAAAUUAGUGAAAGUUUUCAGAUAGCUUUGGUGUAUUUAACCUUUUCUAAGAAGACUACAGAAUGUAAUUUAAACAAUUUUAUCUCGAUCCGAAAAUUUGUAAAUUUGAUAUAAACCAAUGAAAUUAACAAGAAUGUUUAUAGAGAU